GCCGCGACGGGGAUCGUCGCGACGGCGACCGCCGCAACGCCAGUCGCCGCGAGGGCGACCGCCGCGACGCUGGUCGCCCCGACGAGGACAGACGCGACGGCGUCCGCGGUGGCGCUGUCCGCCGCGACGGCGACCGCCCAGACGAGGACAGACGAGACGCCGAGCGUCGCGGUGGCGACCGCCGAGGAGCGGACCGCCAUGGCGGGGGCGGCGGGGGGACGGACGCGCACGUGGCGCGCGGCGGCUCGGCCGGCGAUUGGCGCGCCACGGGCAGGCAUGCGCCGCCAUCGCCGAGGAAGGGCCCCCGCGAGGGCCUGGGCAGCAGCCCUCCGCCAGGCCCUGCCGCAGAGCGCGGGCCCCGCCAGAGGAGCCCCAGGCCCCAGGUGCGCAGCCGCAGCCCAGGGCUGCGGAGCCGCAGCCACAAGUCGCCAGGGCCGCGCGUCCCGCCUGCGCCUCCGCCCCCGCCGGCGGGGCUGAUCAGCCGCCGGGCGGUGAGGUCCGUGCCGCGCGAUGCGCCGGCCGAGGCUACCUCCACCAAGGCGCGCGGCGCUCCCCCUCGUCACAAGGCCGCGGGCGCGAGAAAGAGAGACGACCCCUUUGCCCCCUCGCCUCCCCGCAGCGUCCGCCUGGCGCCCGCCGCCCCAUCGCCGCCCCGCAGUGGCAGACCACCACCGCCGCCACUGCCGCCAGAUCGGCCUCGGCGCGAGCGGCGGCGCACCCGGAGCGGCGACGGGGAUGCCACACCGCCACCUUCGCACGACGGCGCGCGGCCGAAGGGCGCCCCCGCGCGGGUUGCGCCGCCGCCUCAGUUGCGCCUCCAACCUGGCGUAGGGGAUCGCGCCGCCGAGGGGCCAAGCGCCAGCGGCGACGAGCAGGAUCCUCGCUCGGCGGGCGCGAAGAGCAGGCUCGACGAGCCCAUCGAGGAGCCCAGUGCAGACUUCGCUGGGGAGCCGAGCGUUGCCCCGACCGAGGACGUAGAGGAUGCAGUCUCAGACAUAGCCGCCAACGACACCGACCAGACCCUCGCAGCUUUGGCAGCCGCCGAGAAGGAGUCCGACGCGCAACUGCGGGCCAACCUCGAGGCGGCCCAGAAACUCAAGGACGCGGAGGAGGAGGAGGAAGAGGAGGAGGAGGAGCCCGAGCGGCCGCUCAGCCCGGCAAUCGCGGCGUCGUCGAAGGCGGCCCCCGCCAGGAGGGUCUCCAUUGCAGAGCCCGAGGACGUGCCCGGCGAGGAGGGCCUGGAGGCCGAGCAGGCCGAGAGGCGCCGGGCCCGGGCCCCCCGGCGGCGCAAGAGCGCGCCGAGCCACGCCGGCGGCCCAGACAGGCCGCGGCGCGACCGGGCGCCCCACGGCGCCGGCCGGCGCCGGCGCCGGGGCGGGAGCGCGGCCGAGCCCGACGAGGACCCGCCGGGCCCGACGGGGCACCGCAGGCGGCAGCCGCUGCCCGAGGGCCUGGGCGAGCUGCGGCCCCCGCCCCCGAAGGACGGCGGCGGCGGGGAGGCCGCCGCCAUGGCGGGCACCGGCACCCGCGGCAAGGCCGCGCCCCGCGCGCCACCGCGGCCCGAGCCGCUCAGCCCCGAUGUCGAGGCGGCCGCCGAGCUGGAGGAGGCGGGCGCCGAGGCGGAGCCGCGGGCGUCGGCCGCGACGCCGGAGGCCGUGCCGGCGCAGCCCUCGCCGGAGCGCGCCACUCGGCGGCGCAAGCGGCCCCGCGGCGCGGGCGCCGAGGAGCGGCCCGGGCGCGAGCGCGGACGGCGGCGCCGAGGCGCGGCCCCGCGAGAGCAGGGCGCACUGCGGGCCGAGGGGGGGCCCGCCGAGGAGCCCUUCGAGGCCGAGCCCGCUGGUGCUGGGGUCGAUCAGGGGCAGGAGCGGCAGCCGUCGUCCCACGUGGAGAUCACAGGCGGAGAGCGGCUCCUGUUCACGCCAGACGUCGACAUCACGGGCGACCGGCUGCUGUCCUCGCCGGACGUGGAAAUCGCCACGAUCUCCGUGCUCCCUGGCGCCGAGGCGGCGGCCGCAGAGGCGGAGGCGCCUGCCAGCGUGUGGGCGGGCGGGAAGGCCCCAGCCCGCGGCGGCGGCGCGCGGGAAGAAGGGCAAGAGCAGGCCGACGGCGCGGAGGAUGAGGCAGAGGACGACGAGGAUGAGGAUGAAGAGGAGGAGGAGGAGGGCGAGAUGAAGAAGCAGGGCGAAAAGGAUGGCGCUGUCACCAAGCGCCACUCGGAGGCCCGGACAAAGGAUGCCGCCGCCGAAGGUGAGGACGAGGAAGAGUCUGCGGAGGACGACGAGGAAGAGGAGGAGGAGGAGGAAGAGGAGGAAGAAAACCAGGAAGAUGAGGAAGCGAAGAACGAGGGCGAGGUGACUCAAGAGGCGCCAGAGGCCAAAGGGGCCAGGGACGGCACACGUGCCGUGCAGAAGGACGAGGGGCGCCGCAGGCCUUGCAGCGCCAGCAGCGUGGAGGAGGCAGAUCCCGACGACGCUGCCCAGGAGCCAGAACCCAUCGACGAGCGGAUGGUCGCGCGGAUUCGCAAGCUCAUCCGUAACAUCUACAAGAGGAAGAACCCGAACAAGCUCGCCGAGGUCGACGACCUCCUGGCGAAGUACCGCGGCGUCGAGUACGAGAUGUACGAGCGGGUGUGUGAGAAGUACGGCGAGCGCGUCGAGUACGACGCGCAGGAGCUGCGAGCGAAGCGUGCUGCGGACGCCGCCGCCGACGACCCCCGGUCGCCGAGGCAGCAGAGGCGGCCCGCCGAGGCCGCCAAGCCGCCGCGGCACGAGGACCGCCGGCGCGGCGCCCGCGAGGGCGAGCGGCGGCGGCGCCCGAGCAGGCCGCCCCCACUCAAGCGGGGGGCAGAGGCGGAGGCGGAGGCCGCCGCGGCCAAGGAUGCCCCCACCGAGUUCACAGCUUUCGAGGAGGCAGAAGCGGCCGCCGCUGCGGCGGCCACGAAGCCCACGAAGCCGGCCGCCUUGCCUCCCCAGGCGGAGGACGGCAAUGGCGACUGCGCCGGCUGGCCGUUCCUUGAUUUCGAGUUCUCGGAGAACUCCGCGUCCACAGAGUCGUCCUCCUCGAGUUCGGAGUCCUCGGACGCCGAGGCAUUGGACGCUUUGCCGGUCCGGGCGGCAGUGACGAUGCCUGCGCUGGCGGCGGCCACAAAGGGUGCCUCGCUGCCGACGCCUGCACCGGACGCGGCCCGCUCCGCCCCCGCAGCGUCUGAGCGCUCAGCCGUGGCCCCCGAGGCAGCCCCAGCGCCGGCAGCCACGGCCGCGCCCCCGGACGGGGCGCCGCAGCCCCCGCGCGCCUUCAACGUCAAGGAGUUCGACGCGGACGCGUUCGACAGCGAGGACGGCAGCGAGGAGUCUGGCACCUCGCCCUCGGACGCUCCGGCGGGGCCGGCGCCCGACGUCGCCGGCCGGGAGGCUCCGCCUCCGGCUGCUGCCGGCGUGAGCGGCGCAGGGCCAGGAGCCCCCGCUGCGACCGCCGCGCCGCCCAAGCCGCCCGCGCAGGGCGCAGGGGACGAGGUCGCGCCGCAGAGCCUGGCCAAGGCGGCGGAGGGGAGCAGCGGCGCGACGGGGGGCGCGGCGGCGCCCGCCGCCGAGGAGUCUGCCUCGUCUUCCUCCGACAGCGACAGGGAGCAGGACGGCUCGCCAGAGAGGUCGCCCCAGGGGGAAGAGCGCGCACGGGUCUCGGCCGCCCUCGCGGCCUUCGCCGGCCCCGGCAAGGCGGCCGAGCGGAGCGAGAGCCCCGCGGAGGGCGGUGCAGCUGCCGACGCUGUCCCAGAGGCCGCCCCUGCCGAGGCCGCAGCCCCUGCCGAGGCCGCAGCCGAGGCGAAGGCGGCACAGGAGAGGCCCCUGGCCGCUGUGGCCUCGGAGGAGAGUGGGCGGAGGCGUCGCCGACGACGCCGCUCGCGCUCGCGCUCGCGCUCCGCACCGCGGGGCCGCUCAGACGACCGCGGCAGGCGUGGCUCGGCGGAGCCCCGCGAGAGCUCUCGGCACCGCCGCCGCCACAAGCACCGGCAGCGGCGUGACGAGCGGAGCGGCGACCGCAAGCCGAAGGGCACGCCGCCGCCCCCGGUGGAGCCGCAGCCGCUCGCCAUGCCGGGCGGAACGCCUCCUUGGCACAUGGCGGCGGCACGGCCCGGGCAGCCACUGGACCAACCGUGGCCUCCGCUGGGCCCCUUGGACGGAGCGCGCCCCCCAGGCCCCACUGGACACUCGAGGCCACCAAUGCCCCCGCCGCAGGGCUACGCAGGCCCGCCGCCAGGGGACUGGAUGCAGCCCCGGGGCUGGGGCGGCGCCCAGGUCCCGCCGCCAGCGAGGCCGCCCGGACCGCCGGGACACCUGAUGGCAGCGGCAGGCCACUGGCAGGGAGCUCCGCCGCCCGGCUUCGUGGGCCCACCCGCGGACUGGCGGGCCCAGGUGCCACCUGGCGGCGCUCCGCAGGGCCCCCCGCAAAUGCAGGGCUGGGCGCCUGGGGGCGGAGGGCCGCAGCACCCGUGCGGACAGAUGGCUCCAGCCGCGGUAGGGAAGUUCUCGGCCAUGGCGCCGAGGGCCCAAAUGAUGCCACCCGCGGGCGUUCCUUGGGGCGGCAGGCCACCAGGUGCUUGA